CGCGGGCCAGCGCUUUGGUCGGGAGGGACCCGGGGGUCCUGGCGUGGUGUGUGGAUGGGCUUCCCCCGGGCCUUGCCGAGCCUUGGCGGGGACUCUGGAGCCCGGGCUCGCAGCCCCUGCACCGCACACCUUCCUCACCCGCGACCAGGAAUGGCCGAGUCCGUAGGAACUUGAGGAGGAGGGGGGACGUAGAUGGCUGGACACAGGAUCUAGAGGCUCCAAAUAAUGUGGAGAUGUUUCGACCUUCAGGUUCCACGGGGCUCAUCCCCCCGUCCCACUUCCAAGCGCAGCCCCUUCCAGCCAUGCCGAGAAUGGCUCCCACCUGGGUCUCAGACAUCCCCCUCGCCCAUCGAGGCGUCUCAGAGCGGCGGCCAGACUUCCAGAGGCCUCCGGGGAUCGUGUGGGAGCAGGACGUUUGUGGCGAUGGGCAGGAGCCGGGGUGGAGGGGCAGGUCCGUGGAGCUGCAGGGGUCGCAGGCCUUGCGCCAGCAGGCAGAGCUGAUCUCUCGGCAGCUGCAGGAGGUGCGACGGCUGGAGGAGGAGGUCCGGGUCCUGCAGGAAAACUCGCUACAGCAAAAGAUGAAGCUGGAGACCCAGGCCAUGGAGCUGGAGGCUCUGGCACGGGCGGAGAAGGCUGGCCGAGCUGAGGCCGAGGGCCUGCGUGCCGCCCUGGCUGGGGCGGAGGUGGUCCGGAAGAACCUGGAGGAGGGGAGCCAGCGGGAGCUGGAGGAGGUUCAGAGGCUGCACCAGGAGCAGCUGUCGUCCUUGACACGGGCUCACCAGGAGGCUCUUUCCAGUUUGACCAGCAAAGCCGAGGGCUUGGAGAAGUCUCUGGCCGGUCUGGAAACCAGCAGGGCCGGGGAAGCCCAGGAGCUGGCCAUGGCCCAGAGGGAGGCUGAGCUGCUGCGGGAGCAGCUGAGCAAGACCCAAGAAGACUUGGAGGCUCAGGUGACCUUGGUUGAGAAGCUAAGGAGAUAUGUGGGGGAACAAGUUCCCCCCGAGAUUCACGGCCAGGCAUGGGAGUCAGAGCGACUGAAACUUCUAGAGACCGUGCAGCACUUGCAGGAGGACCGGGAUGGCCUGCACACAACGGCGGAGCUGCUGCAGGUGCGCGUGCAGAGCCUCACGUGCAUCCUGUCCAUGCAGGAAGAGGAGCUGGCCAGGAAGGUGCAACCCUCAGAUUCCCUGGAGCCCGAGUUCUCCAGGAAGAGCCAGGCCCUGCUGAAGCACUGGCGGGAGAAGGUGUUUGCCCUCAUGGUGCAGCUAAAGGCCCAGGAACUGGAGCACGGAGCGUGCGUGCAGCAGCUGAAGGGACAGGUCACUUGGCGUUCUUCCUCCCCAUGGUGGCAGUCCGCCCAGAGCCAGGAGCAAGCCAUCCUGCAGCGCUCCCUGGAGGACAAAGCUGCGCAGGUGGAGGUGGAGCGGAUGGGCGCCAAGGCCCUGCAGCUGGAGCUGAGCCGUGCCCAGGAAGCCUGUCGCCGGGGGCAGCAGCAGACAGCCUCGGCUGAGGAGCAGCUGAAGCGUGUGGCCAGAGCUAUCAGCAGCUUUCAGACCUGGAUCCAGAACACCAUGGGCGAGGUGGAGCAGGCUGCAGCCCGGCUGCCCAGCCUCAGUAGCCGAGUCAGCUAUCCCAAACACCUGCCACAACCUGGUCUAAUGGCUCGAAAACUGGUCCUUGCUCAGCUGCACCAGGAGAGUACAUUUGUUGGACAAAAUCUAACACUCGUUUCAUAUCCAGAUUUCCCCUCAGGGCUCUGGGAAGGUUCGGGUGGGGAGCAGAUUGACAGGGUCCUAGAGCGGCAACCCCUCUCCCUGUACAGAAGGGGUGGUCACCAAGCUAGGACCCAACGCUCCUGCCCAUCAGCCCAGUCUUGUUUUCAUGGUGCCUCGCGACCUCUGGGCAGCCCCACACCUGUCCCCUGCUUCCCCACAGUGGUCUCCCUGGGCCAGAUGCAGCGCAAAGCCACCAGGGAAAAGGAACGGAACCAGGAGCUCCGGCGCCUGCAGGAAGAGGCCAGGAAGGAGGAGGGGCUGCGGCUGACCCAGCGCCUGCAGGAGCUGCAGAGGGACAAGAACCUCCUGCUGGCCACCUUGCAGCAGGAGGGUCUCCUCUCCCAUUACAAGCAGCAGCGACUGUUGGCAGUCCUUCCCCCCCUGGAUAAGGGGGGGUCUGCGCGGCCCAGCCCCCGGCCGGCAGGGCCAUCGGCACCAGCACCUCCAGCAGCAGCGCUUGGCCCCAGGGCAGCCACUAAAGAAUCCCUCUCUGUCCUGCUGGAUGACCUGAAGAGUCUGAGUGAGGCCAUUUCCAAAGAGGAGGCCGUUUCUCAAGGAGACAACCAGAACUCUCUUGCGGCCAGGGGCUCGGAGUGCCUGGGGGCUCAGGGGGGCCCAGCGGGCCAGGAGGAUCGUGAAAUGGGGUGAGGUUUGGGGGCCUGCCCUCAGGGAUACCAGCCACCAAGGUGUCUGGAUUUUGUGCCUCAAUAAAGAUGACUAAAUAGCCCUA